UAGCCACAUCCUGUUAAUCAUUCAUAUUUAGGAAAUAGCAAUUAAAUGGCGACAAAGGAUGCGUUUACAAUUUAUCCUCCAAUCCAAUCUUACAUUUUAGCAAUUCGAAACAAUCAGAACAUGUCCUCCAAGCGCCCGCUAGAUGUGAUCAUUUUCGGCGCAACCGGUUUCACCGGUAGCCAUACCGUUUACGAAUCAAUUAAACUAUUGGAGGAUCUUAAAUGGGGUGUUGCCGGCCGGAACGUGAAAAAACUGGCGCAAAUUCUCCAGGAAGUUGGCCAAAAAGCCGGAGUGGAUCUGUCGCAAACUCCGAUGGUGAUCGCUGAUGUGGAAGAUCCUGACUCACUGAAGAAAAUGGCUGAACAGUGUCGGAUCGUGGUCAACUGCUGUGGUCCCUAUCGGUUAUACGGUGAACCGGUUGUGAAGGCGUGCAUCGAAGCCGGCACCCACCACGUGGAUAUUAGUGGCGAAGCUCAUUACAUGGAACGGAUGCAGUUGCUAUACCACGCCCCAGCUCAACAGAAGGGUGUCUAUGUUGUAUCGGCGUGUGGUUUCGACAGCAUUCCGGGAGAUAUGGGUAUAGUGUUCUUGGAGAACAAAUUCCAAGGAACUGUCAAUUCGGUUGAGACGUUUCUGGAGAAAUCGUUACAAUCGGGAGGCGGAGCACUGGUUCACUACGGCACGUGGGAGUCGGCCAUUCAUGCCUUAUCCGACAUAAAAGGAUUACUAGCUCUGAGGAAACAACUGUUCAAAUCGAGACUUCCCAGCUUUCAACCAGUUCUAAAAGCUCGUCCAGUACUGCACCGCAGCAAGUUUGUAAAUGGUUGUUGGUGUCUUCCACGUCCCGGAACAGACCAAUCUGUAGUAAGGCGAACGCAACGAUACUUCUAUGAGAAGUACAAGAAACGCCCAGUGCAAAUGCGCGCUUAUUUGACCUUUUCAUCCUUUUUUGAGGUACUUUCCGUGAUACUUGUCGGCACCGUAUGCGGCCUUUUGACUUGGUUCAAGUUUGGACGGCGACUGCUGUUGAAGUAUCCACGAUUCUUCUCAGCCGGUUUGGUGUCCCACGAGGGUCCAUCGGAAGAAGCGUUAAAAAAUACGGAAUUCACCAUCUACAUUGUGGGUGAAGGAUGGGACCGCAGUGGAAACCAGCUGGACUCUUUUGAGGAACCACCGAACAAACGGCUCGUUGUCAAGGUAUCCGGUACAAAUCCAGGCUACGGAGCAACUUGUGUGGCGCUGCUGCUUUCUGCAAAGACCAUCCUGUACCAGAGCGACAAGAUGCCAGCGUCGGGAGGAGUGCUUACACCAGGAGGUGCCUUCUACAAUACCAACUUGAUUGAAGAGCUUUGCAAAAAUGGAUUUAAGUUUGAAACCGUCAAUGUUGCCACUGAUAAAUAGGCUUCUUUCAUAUUUAUUUUUUAGUGAUGAGUUGAAAUGUUUUAAAAAUUUAUA